AUGACUUGUAGGAGCUGGCUGUUGGGCCACACUCCUCCUCCCUCCCAACUUUCCCCCCACCAUAUAAGGAAAGACAGCUGCUGGGGGGGAGGGCGUCCCCAGUAUCUAAAGAUAGCAGGCCCAGCCUGGGACUCCAAAUCUCACCCAGCAGGAACGGCAAUGGCUGGGCAGCAUGCCCGGACUCUGUGGUAUGACAGGCCCAAGUAUGUGUUCAUGCAGUUUUGCGUUGAGGACAACACUGAUGCCCAUGUGCUCAUUGAGGACCACCGCAUUGUGUUCAGCUGCAAGAAUGCCGAUGGAGUGGAGUUAUACAAUGAGAUUGAAUUGUACGCCAAGGUGAACUCCAAGGACUCACAGGAUAAGCGCUCCAGUCGCUCCAUUACUUGUUUUGUGAGAAAGUGGAAGGAGAAUGUUGCCUGGCCCAGGCUCACCAAGGAAGAUAUCAAGCCUGUGUGGCUGUCUGUGGACUUUGAUAACUGGAGAGACUGGGAAGGGGAUGAAGAGAUGGAACUGGCACAGGUGGAACAUUACGCAGAGCUUUUGAAGAAGGUCAGCAACAAGGGCCCUCCCCCUGCCAUGGAUGACCUGGAUGAUGAGUCUGACAGCGCCGAUGCAGCAGGGUCCUCUGGGAUCUCUGACCUUUCUAGAAGCUCUCGAGUCCUGGUGUGA